UAAACAAACACUAUAUUAACGUACCUGAAAGCUGAAACUGACAAUGAGAGUUAAGCUCUAUGUACUCUCCUGAGUGAGCCAACGAUUGCGUCUUUUUCCAAGAGUCCUCGCUUGGAUAAAUAUCAAGUCAGAAUCGUUUGAUGGAUCCGCAUGCUUGUUAGUUUGUCGAAGAAAAUUUUCCUCUCCGCAUUUUCUAGACAUAAAGAGCGAAUCCAAGGGAUCCAAAGUGCAUUUUCAGCCAUGGCUGGAAAACAAAAAUGUUUUUAUGCGGUCGGCCUGGGACAUGUGAGAGGAGUUUUUUUAACUUGGAGGGAAUGCGAGAGCCAGAUUAAUGGAUACAAAAACGCCAAAUUCAGGAAAUUCUCCACAAUGGUGGAGGCGGACGCUUAUGUGAAGCAAUUCAGCAGUCCAACAUCACAAGCAAUGACACCUGCUACAAAAGACUACAGAUACAACUUCCCCACACAAACCAUGUCUCAAACGCAAUCCAGCGCUCCGUCUACAGCCCCGCAACGUGGUGCCACUGCAACUCAACAGCCACCUGCUGCUGCUGCUACUGCACUGCAUCCUCUUUCUUCUACACAAACCGCAGCAGAGCUGGACCAACGCUUCAGGGUCAAGAAAAGACUGGCUUUCUUAGAUGAGGUUCUGAGUGCUAAAACAGCGAAGAGGACUCUCGACUUGGACGGCUCAAUUGGGCCUGCACAGCAGACCAUUAAAAGGGAGCCUGUGGAACGUGCUCCCGGGCCCUCAAACCAACCUCCGAUUGGAAAUGCCCCUCAGACUUCCGAGGCCGCUAACACAAGGCGAAUAGUCAAAGCGGAACUUUUGUCCCAAAGUGAAGAGCCCCAGGACGAAGUGCCACAGCCAGCAGCCGAAAUUCUCCGUGAGGAGCCACAGGCCGGGCCUUCGAUGGCUGUUGACCAACCUGAAGGGAACAAACUGACUGAACUCCGCAAGGAGCUGAAAUGGUUGAAAGACAAGUAUACCAGCCUGGAACACGGCUUAAAGGACGUCGUGCAGACCUUGCAAGUCAAGACUGACGAAUUGGCUAUUCUGAGAUCUCAAAUCACGUUGUUUGAGAGACAGAUCAGCAACAAGGAUGGUGGGAAGGACGUUUCUCUGCAGGACGCUGUGAACCGCAUCCAAAUGCAAUGCCAGGCGCCGAGACGAACGCAGCUGAUUGAGACUGCACGACCCUCUGAUCAAUCAUCAUCAUCAGCUCCAACUGAGGAGACAGAAAACGAGCACGGCUAUCAAUUCGACAAUGAGAAUUACUGCAUUGUCUACACGGACGGCUGCUGCAGAAACAACGGAAAGCCGAAUGCCAGAGCAGGAUUGGGAGUCUUCUUUGGAGAUGGAUUCAAAUACAAUAUGAAGGAACCGCUCAAAGGCCUGCGACCAACCAACAUCAAUGCAGAAAUCAUGGCUGCAGCACUCGCCUGCAAUGUUUGCAAACUAAUAGGACUAACUAAACUGAAUAUUCACACCGACUCGGAAUUUGUGAUCAAAUGCAUGGAAAACUGGAUGCCAAAGUGGGAGAAAAAUGGAUGGCUCACAGCCAACAAAAAGCCAGUUGAGAACAAAGUGCCGCUUCUGAAGCUCAAGAGUGCCAUGGAGGGCUUGCAAGUCAAAUGGACUUUUGUGCGUGGUCAUUCAAAUAUCUAUGGCAAUGAGAUGGCAGAUCGUCUGGCAAAUGAAGGAGCUGAACAGUACGUCCCAGACUAAACCUGUUCUGAUCAAUUAGUGAUUUAAAAAAAAAAUAUUUGUAUUGACCAUUAAAUGACCACUAAGCUGUGUGCUGAUCUUCAAAGACCUACUUUACUAGGAAUUCAGUAUUUUAUAUUGAUGAGCAUGCCUGAUUAAAUUGAAUCACUAUACUGUUGAUCACAUUUUAUAAUGCAAAGAUGAUUUGACAGGAACCAGGCAUCAAUUAUGGAAAUAAAAUGGAGCUAUACAAUUAUA